AUGUCAAACGAGUUGAACAAGAUCCUACAAAAGAGAGAUCAAGAUAUUGUUUAUGCCGUGGAGUUUCUUAAUAUUACAAAGAAAAGAUUGCAAGAUAUGAGGGAAACUGGAUGGGAAUCUUUGCUAGAUGAUAUUUUCUCAUUUUGUCAUAUGCAUGAUAUUAUGAUUCCCAAGAUGGAUGAAUCCUAUUUUCCUGGAAAGUCGAAGCGUAAGUCUUCUGGUAUUUGUUAUUCACACCACUUGCGUGUUGAUAUCUUUUAUGUUGUAAUUGAUGUGCAACUUCAAGAACUUAAUGACCGUUUUGAUGUAGUGAGUAGCGAUUUGCUUCUUGGGAUGGCUAGUUUGAAUCAAGCCAAUUCUUUUGCUAAUUUUGAUAAAGGUAGAAUAAUGACUUUAGCAAAAUGUUACCCAAAUGAGUUUGAUGAAAUACACAUUCGAGACUUGAGUUAUCAACUAGAUACUUUCAUAAUUCAUAUGCGAGUUGGCAAUCCCAAGUUCUCCAACUUGCAAGGAAUUAGUGAUUUGGCAAAAGCAUUGGUUGAGACAAAUCUUGUGGAGACUUAUUCAUAUGUUUAUUUACUUGUGAAGUUAACUCUGAUUUUACCUGUUGCUACCGCAACUGUGGAGAGAGCAUUCUCAUCCAUGAAGCAAAUAAAGAAUGAAGAGAGGAACAACAUGGGUGAUCAAUAUUUAAAUGAUUGUUUAAUUUGUUACAUAGAGCGUGAUGUAUUUACAAAUGUAAGUAAUGAUGUCAUUAUUGAUCGUUUUCAAAAUCUGAAAGCUCGUCGAGGACAAUUUUAA